CUGAUGAUGGUGAGGGAUGGUGUGACCUUCCUGUGUGGAAUCCCUGGGGAAUACAGAGGACGGGGACAUCUCUCUGGUGGGUUCCCAUGACUGGAUCCAUCUAGAUCCUUGUGUCCUUCUAAAUACUCCCACUCCUCCAUGGAGAAAUAGACGUGACACCCUGACACCUUUAUAGGAACCAUGACAUCUACACAAUUGAUACAGUCACCAUCCCAGACACAUCCUUGUCUGUUUACGGAGAAUGUCCCAGAAUUCCCGGCACCGCUCACCUCUCUCCUGUCAGCAGCUCCAUCAUCUUCUUGGUGA